AGUUUCCCCUCUUAGCCAUGGCGGAGGAGCCGGGAGUGUUCGUGCGGGAGCUGGAGCGCCGGGACGGGGCGGUGCUGGAGAUCCGGCAGCUGAGCUCCGGGGACGUGGGCUGCGUGGUGUGGGACGCGGCCAUCGUCCUGUCCAAAUUCCUGGAGCGGCGGGAACGUGCGGAGCCGGGGCUGUUCACCGGAAGAGCUGCGGUGGAGCUGGGCGCCGGCACCGGCAUCGUGGGCAUAAUGGCCGCCACCCUCGGAGCCAACGUCACGGUGACCGACCUCGAAGAUUUGCAAGAUCUGAUGAAAAGGAACAUAGAAAGCAACGUGGCGCUCAUCACCGGGUCUUGCCGAGCGAAGGUAUUAAAAUGGGGCGCGGAGGGUUUGGAUUUCUCUCCUCCCAACUACAUCCUGAUGGCGGACUGCAUUUACUAUGAAGAGUCCUUGAAGCCAUUACUGAAGACCCUGAGGGACCUGGCGAGCAGCGAGACCUGUAUCUUCUGCUGUUACGAGGAGAGGACCACCGGGAAGAAUCCGCAAAUAGAACGGACAUUUUUUGAGCUGCUGAAACUAGACUUUGACUACGAGGAAGUUCCCAUUGACAAACAUGACGAGGAGUAUCGGAGCGAGGACAUCCAUAUUCUGCAAAUCUACAAGAAGAAAUGAUGUAUAAAACGGGGCAGGAAUGGCGUCACGUCUGGCACUUCUGGGGCAGGAAUGGCAUCAUGUCUGGCACUUCUGGGGCAGGAAUGGCAUCACGUCUGGCACUUCUGGGGCAGCUGAUCAGCAAUAAGAAGAUGGCAGAGGAGACAUUGGGUGGAUGAGAAGACGAUUUAUUGUCACCAGUUUAUUGACUGUUCUUACAUCCCUCCGAGGAGUCGUCCUGGGGGGUGCAGGCCACAGUAUGGCCGUCCUUGUACCCCUAAGCAGUACCGCACAGCGGCCUCGAGGUCUCCCAUCAUCUACAGGUGCAUCCAGGGAUCUGAAGUGGGAAAUCUACAGGUUGUCAGAUAAAGGGUCACACGAUGUCCCCUGGUCUAGUGACUAUACAGAAGCAGCUCAACCGCCGGGGUCUGCACGUGGUCUGUAUGUGCCCGGCGCGCCACGUGUAGUGGAUUGUACUUGGGAAAUAAACACUGUACAUAGAUAACA